AUGCCUAACGAAGAAGGGUCAAAGGACUCCGUCAUGCAAGCCGCUGUGCAACAACCUGUUGCAAAUCCACGCGCAAACGAACGCGUUACCGAAAUCGCAAAGGCGACCGUGAACAUUCCACCAUUUUGGCAUGCAAUAGCCGAGCUGUGGAUUGCGCAAGUGGAGUCGCAAUUUAUUGCCGCUAGCAUUUUGAGUGACAGGUGUUUGUUAGAGCAGUUUGCCGAUUCUGAGCAAAAGAGAAUCAAAAAUACGAUACGUGGAUACGUGGUCACUCCGGACGGUCUAAAAUCACCAACAAACAAGGUCAAGGUUAUUCAAGAAAUGAAAGCACCAGAACGAGUGUGCGACCUUAGAGGUUUUUUGGGUAUGCUGAAUUUUUUCCGUCAAUUUCUACCCAAAGCAGCGGAGAGCCAAAGCGUUUUCACUAGCCUCAUUAAAGAUAUAGUAUACUAUUUUUUCAACAUUGUAAACAUAUGCUUAAAUAUCUAUUACUUACUAAAACAUUAUUUAUUUAUUCAAACUCUUCUUUCAGGUAUGACAGUGUGCUACCAACGACUGUCUGUGAACAACAACAACCACAACAAAUUGGACUCUAAACCAACACAUAUGCCACCGUUGCACUAUCCGCACGGUCACAGAUGGAAUGAACCAUAUUUUGAUUCGACUGUACCAAAAAAUAUAACAUCGCUCGUGGGAAAAUCUGCAUAUUUGGGAUGUCGAGUUAAGCACUUGGGAAAUAAAACCGUGGCCUGGAUACGCCAUCGGGACUUACAUAUACUUACAGUAGGCACAUAUACAUACACUACAGAUCAACGCUUCCAAACAUCGUACCAUAGAGAUAUUGAUGAAUGGACUCUGCAAAUAAAAUGGGCACAGCAGCGUGAUGCCGGCAUUUACGAGUGCCAAAUAUCUACCCAACCAGUACGAAGUUUCUCGGUGAACCUAAACAUUGUGGUACCAACGGCAAGCAUAUUGGGUGGACCCGAUUUAUAUGUGGAUAGAGGUAGCACAAUUAAUCUGACCUGCGUAAUCAAGUACAGCCCUGAGCCACCGACACAUAUAUUUUGGUAUCAUCAAGAUAAGGUCCUUUCAGAGGAAACAUCAGCCAGUCGUUUGAAAAUAAGAACUAUUAAGUCUAUGGAAACCAAAUCAAUACUACUCAUCAAAAAUGCUGAUCUCCUAGACUCUGGUAAAUAUUCCUGCUACCCAUCGAACACGGAAAUAACAAGCAUACGCGUGCAUGUGCUACAGGGUGAGCGAUUGGAAGCAAUGCAAACCAGCUCCGCGUCCACUGCGCGAUACGGCGUUGCCACCUAUCUAAGCAAGCAAAUUAGUGCGAUAGUCUGCGCGUUAGUUUUGUCACAAAUAUUUACAUUUAUCUGGAGCAAAACAGGCAAGAUUAGCGAACAGACACACAAGGGCCAAAGCAGGAUCAGCCUACAACCGACUGCGACAUGUAUCAAACAAAGUAGUUUUUACAAAAGCUCAUCCAGCUACACGCAACAACCACAGCCACCGCUACAGCAAUAUCAGCAGCAUCAAGAGUUUGGUCACAGUGUUGCCACAUUGCUUAUGGUAGCAUUGCGGUACAGCAACAAUAGCCCCACCACUGGCCGUAUAAUUGCCCUCUCAAGCGAACAGCGCAUAUGUGGCGACAUAACCGAUGAUGUUAAUCAAGAGGACUGCCAGCAGAGUUUCCAUCAACGGUAACAACAAUUGUUGCUUCGAAAAUCCGUAUACUUCAAUGACGCUCUCAAGGCAACAACAUUUCAAUAAACUUGAAUAGAAGAUGAGGUUUAGAGCAUAAUUUUAUGGAGACAACUUACAGACUGCAAAGGUGGCUGCAGUAGCAUAUUUUAUGCCUAGCUAUGAUAACCAUGCCGACUGAGAAUGGACAAAGUAGGGCCACAAAUACAAAUAAUAACAUACAUAUAGUUAGUUAAGUAGUUAAAGUUUUUACUUCCUUAUAUGGGUUAUAUGCGUAUGUACUUAGCUGAGUUAGUUGUGCAUAUGAAAAGAAACGAUUACAACUGCAUCUAUAUAUGUACUUACACAUAAGCUUACUUGUAAAUAA